CAAACAACCUAACCUAACCACUAGGUUAACAGGUACCUACCUCUAUACCACACCACACCACGGCCAAGCCUGACGCAUAUUUUAUACUUUCUCCCCUAUAAUACAAAUGCCAUGCCUCUCACCCCCAGCUAUCCAGCGCUUACACACCAACAAGGCGCUCCUCACCGCUCUACUCCCCACUUGUAAAAACAUGGACUCGGCGCGCAACGAGCUGCGCUGGAUCCGCGAGCACGUGUGGUCUUCCACCCUCGCGCCACAAUUUCAGGGCAUCUCAGAGGCAAAUGGCAACGACGAGAAGAGCAAAAAUGCGCUGCUAAACCGUCUGUGCCGCCUCAGGGGCCGCGGGUAUCCGCUGCAGUAUAUCCUGGGGACCCAGCCCUUCGGCCAGCUCGAGAUCAAGUGCCGUCCCGGGGUGUUGAUCCCGCGCCCCGAGACGGAGGCUUGGACUACGCAUCUCGCGGAUAUUGUGCGUAAGACCUGGAGAGCGAAUAAAACUAAGAAGGAGAAUGAUAUAAUUGCGAAUCUGAGGAUCCUCGAUCUGUGUACCGGAUCUGGUUGCAUUGCGCUACUACUAUGCUCUCUCUUAAGCCGGAAGUUUCCAAAUAUGCAUGUCCAGGGGCUUGAUAUUGAGCCUAGGGCCGUCUCGCUGGCGAAGGAGAACCUGGCGUAUAAUAUAGAGCGCGGCUUGCUUAGACAACAAAAUGCCAACGCCGUCUCGUUCAAGGGGGCGAAUAUCUUCUCUACGGACUGGCUCGCGCCGAUCCUCAAGCAAGCGGAUCUUAUUGAUAAUCGCCGAUUUAAACAAUCAGCGUUGGAGAGAGGCACCGUAGAUAUACUCGUCUCCAACCCGCCGUAUAUAUCGCAAGAGGGUUUCGACCGCGACACGGAACGCUCGGUGCGCGACCACGAACCCCGUCUCGCUUUGGUCCCUGAGCUGCCAGCAGGAAUUUCGUCAUAUGGGACUGUCCUACCCGAAGAUAUGUUUUACGCUAGGAUCCUGAAUGUUGCAAAGGUACUCCAGCCGCGGUUUGUGGUCUUUGAAGUGGGCAGCUUAGCGCAGGCAAUCCGCGUGGUGCAGAUGGCGCGUGGACGCUACAGAGAGGCAGAAGAAGCCGAGAUAUGGAGGGAUUGGCCUGAUAUGAAACCUCGCGAAGACGAGCCGGAGAGCGUGGACGUUGCCGGUAUGACUGUGCCGGUUAGGGGUAGUGGGAAUGGAAGGGCUGUGUUUCUUCGUUGAUUUGAUAUACCCGAACUCGUAAAUAAAGCCAACAACCCUAUAUAUAUAG